AAUUCAGGAUCAAAUGAGAUUCUCGCGACAGACAGCGGGGAUACCACAGAAAAGAUGGCGGACAGGUUAACGCAGCUGCAAGAUGCUGUCAAUUCUCUUGCAGACCAGUUCUGUAAUGCCAUUGGCGUCCUGCAGCAAUGUGCACCUCCUGCCUCCUUCAGCAACAUCCAGACAGCAAUUAACAGAGAUCAACCAGCCAACCCAACAGAAGAAUAUGCUCAGCUAUUUGCUGCCCUGAUCGCCAGAACAGCCAAAGAUGUGGAUGUACUCAUCGACUCUCUUCCCAGUGAGGAGUCUACAGCUGCUCUGCAGGCGGCCAGUCUGAGACAGCUUGAGGAGGAGAACCAUGACGCUGCAGCUCGUCUGGAGGAGGUGGUUUACCGUGGAGAUAUGCUGCUGGAGAAGAUCCAGAGCGCUCUAGCCGACAUCGCCCAGUCUCAGCUCCGCACCCGCAACGGAGCACCAACCCAGGCGUCACCAGCCGAAUCCUGACCCACAAUGUACAUAAUGCAGCUCCCUCAGUCGUUAUGUGCUUUAUUUUUAUUCCUUGACAUCAGCUGUGAGCCUCAAAACUCUCAAAAAUGUGCUGAUGAUGUUUGAAAGGAAAUGUGAGAUACCACACAGUUAAACAGCCAAGCGUCUCUGUUAUUGUUGCACCCCAGCCACUGGCCUCCAGACAGAUUCACUGAAAAAAUUUGAAAAAGCUUGACUCCACUUAGAGGGUACAAAACAGUCAUCGUAACCUUCAGUGAUUCAGAAAGUAUUUUCAAAACUGUCAUGUUUUGUUAUGUAUAAUGUACAGUAUGUGUUGUAAAUUUAAUGUUUUUUGUUGUUGAUAUUUAUGAAUGACAGGAAAUUUUCUUCAUCCCCACAACAAACCUGUUUAAAAAAACCUCCCAGUUCACUACUACUCUCUGUAUUUUUUUAAUAAUAAAACUUGAUAAGGUA